GCACGAUAUAGAACCCGUAAGGGUAAUAUCUCUGUCAAUGUACUUGGGGUCUGCGAUAAAAAUAUGAACUUCGUCUACAUACUAUAUGGAUGGGAGGGGUCAACUGCAGAUAGUCGCGUCUUGCGUGAUGCAGUUACUAGGACGCAUGGUCUAC